GACAAGUCAGAAGUGCUGUGAACAAAGGUCGACAACAUACUGGACUCAAAUAUUCCCUCAUCCCGUUCCAGCAGUGACAGAUCUCAGUGUGUGGGCGUUUCUUUGAUGCACAAUGUGGGGCAUUUGCAGCAGAACUAUGGUAAAGGUGGGCAUGGCGAAGCCCUGUGGCUGGAUUAAACCAUGUCACUUGGUGAAGCCCGUGUCGGCGACCCGGGUCACCGGCAGAUACCUGAGCCACCAAAAGGGGCUGCCCAGUCUCCCCAUCCCCCCUCUGCAGCAGACCUGCGAGCGCUACCUCACCGCCCUGGAGCCCAUCAUGGAAGCGGAAGAGCUAAAACACACGGAACAGCUGUUGGACGAGUUUCAGAAACCUGGAGGGGUCGGAGAGAGACUGCAGAGAAGCCUGGAGAAGAGAGCACACAACACAGAGAACUGGCUGUCAGAGUGGUGGGUUCAAGUGGCUUAUCUAGACUACCGGCUGCCUGUGGUGGUCCAUUCAAGUCCUGGGUUGGUCUUGCCCCGCAUGAACUUCCAUGAUAAGCAGGGACAAAUGAGGUUUGCUGCCAAACUGAUAGCGGGCGUUUUGGACUUUAAGACAAUGAUUGACAAUGAGACGUUACCAGUGGAGUACCUGGGCGGGAAGCCUCUGUGUAUGAAUCAGUACUAUGAAGUGCUGUCUUCCUGCCGCAUCCCCGGUGUGAAGAGAGACGCCAUAGUGAACCACGCCAAGAGCUCCAGACCCCCCAAACACAUCACUGUGGUACACAACUUCCAGUUCUUUGCGUUGGACGUGUACAACAGUGAUGGGACUGCACUGACAGCUGAUCAGCUGUAUGUGCAGCUGGAGAGGAUCUGCAGCUCCGCACUACAGACCAACACGGAGCCCAUCGGCAUCCUCACCACCCAGCAUCGAGACUCCUGGGGCAAAGCCUACGUCAACCUCAUGAAGGAUAAGACCAACAAAGAAUCGCUGUCGGCCAUCCAGAGGAGCAUCUUCACAGUUUGUCUGGAUGGAGCGAUGCCUCGAGGGUCUGACGACUCGUACCGAAGCUCCGCCGCCGUCCAGAUGCUGCACGGAGGAGGAAGCCAGUGGAACAGCGCCAACCGCUGGUUCGACAAGACACUGCAGUUUAUCAUUGGAGAAGAUGGGACAUGCGGCGCAAACUACGAGCACGCCCCAGCCGAGGGCCCGCCCAUCGUGGCAUUGAUCGACCAUGUGGUAGAAUAUACGAGGAAGCCAGAGACUGUGUGCACUCCCAUGGUGCCUCUGCCCAUGCCCAAGAGACUACACUUCAACAUCACACCUGAGAUCAAGAAGGACAUCGAGGAGGCCAAGCAGAGCAUGAACAUACUGGCUCAGGACCUGGAUGUGAGGGUUAUCGUGUUCAGCCACUUUGGGAAAAAUGUGCCAAAGACCCACAAGAUGAGCCCUGAUGCUUUUAUACAGAUGGCACUCCAGCUGGCUUACUACAGGUUGUACCAGCGCUGCUGUGCCACAUAUGAGAGCGCCUCCCUGCGUAUGUUCAGGCUGGGCCGCACUGAUACAAUCCGAUCAGCCUCCAGUGCCUCAGCUGCCUUUGUCAAGGCCUUUGAUGACCCCAGCAGACAGAACACAGAGAAGGUCGAUCUAAUGGAGAAAGCAGUAAAAGCACACAGGUCUUAUACUACCAUGGCAGUUAGUGGUCAGGCCAUAGACAGACACCUCUUGGGUCUUAAGAUGCAGGCUGUCGAGGAAAAGCUCUCCAUUCCUGAGGUGUUCAAAGACAGCGCCUAUGCCAAAGCCUUGAACUACCAACUCUCUACAAGUCAGGUACCGUCCAAAACCGACUGCGUCAUGUGUUUCGGCCCUGUUGUACCCAACGGAUACGGCGUGUGCUACAACCCCAUGGAGGAUCACAUCAACUUCGCCAUGUCGUCUUUCAACACCUGUAAAGAGACGAACACGGCACAUCUGGCCCAAGCUGUGGAGGGAGCGCUGAUGGAUAUGAGGACACUGCUGGAACAAACACCGAAAGCCAAACUGUGAAAACGGACUCUACAGGGCUAGCCUCAGUGACAAAGACUCCAUAGCAAAAACCACUACCUGUGUGAUCAAGUGAGAUUUGGAAGACUAUUCCCACCACCUGCUUAUUUAUCAUCAUGCACUUUAAAUGAUGCUGUGAUACCUGCUGUGCCAUGACCGAGUGGCCCUCGUCCUCUGGCAGCACAAUACAAUACGAUACAAUACUAUUAGUAAUGAUGCACACAGUUUUUUAAAGGGGCCUUAUUAUGAAAACCUCAUAUCGUCAGUGCUUGUGCGUAUAUAUUUGGGUUUCUGAUGUGCCUACUAACACACACACUGUGGUAUAAGACCACCCAGUCAGUUUGAUGCCCCCUCUUUCCGACAAGGGUAGCCAUUGUUAUUUUAGCACACAACUGGUACUGCAGCAAACAGCACAAUGUGUCUAAGUUGUUGCUUCAGCCUGUUUUCUUGAAGAAUAUCAAUGCUGAUGAAGAUCUGCUAAUUCGGUGGUGAGCACAUUUCAUUUCCUAUAAAUACUUAACAAUAAACAUCUCCCAUUAUUUAACCAUUUAAACACUUUUAAUACAAAUGAGUGAAGCAGGUAAUGUCGGGUUUGCAUCAGUGGUAACUUUGGCUGCCCUUUGCUAGACUUCCUGAAGCUGACUAAUCAGAACAGAGUGGGCUCAUUGAGAAAGACAGGAGGUAAAACUGCCUUUUAGAGACAGAGGCUGAACUGAGGGGCUGCUUAAAGGGCCAGUAUAACAUAAAUAAGGAGGUUUUUUUUAACUGUGAGCCAUGCAAAGCUACUCUAGUGGAGUCCCAAAAUAAAAAUAAAGAGCUGGAAAUGAGCAAAAUAGGCGCCCUUUAAUGGACAUGGCCAGUGUCAUUUAUUCUGAAAAACAGUAACUUUACAACAGCAUUUAACAAUGAGUGCACUCAGUAUAAUAAACUGUAUGCACAGAUUACGAAAGCAUAUCCACAGAUGAAUAAUUCACUCAACAGAUUGUUAAAUUAUGAACAAAGAGUCUCAAACAAUGCAUCUAGCACUCAGAAUAAAACCAGGGGAUUGUCAUUUAGUGAAAUAAAAGCAGGUCACAGUUUGUUCACUAUUGCACAUCUACUCUUUUUAAAGCACAGAUUACAGCUGAUCUGUGGCCUGUAUCAUGAAGCCAAACCAACUGACAUGAGAUUAAACGGUGAUGCAGAAAUUCAGUCACUGCAGCAGCAAAGAGUGAGGUGGAAUAUAAAUAAUAGCACAAUCCGUGAGUUCCUACUCGGCCAACAGACUUUACAUUGUGAUGAUGUCACAGAUUUUUAAAUCACUUUUCUUAGCUCGAGGAAAGUUUUACAAAUAUAAAACCUCCAUGGAUCAAAAAAUCAUAAUGGAAAGAGUCAAAAUGUAUCUUGUUUGCAGUUCGAUGUGUCCUGUCAACAGUUUUAGUCUCUUUUACAAUCGUGGUCAAUCAAUCUGUACUCUUAAUUUAUUUAUCUGUGCACUCUGAUUUCCACUACAUUUCAUUUACUACUAUACAACACAACACCCAGCAGGCUCUGUGCGUUUACUUUGUGCAUUAUUACCACAGGGAGACGGCAAAGUCAGAGUGCAGUCUUACACAUAGUGGUUUCAAUGAUGUUAUUAGUUUAAACUUGCCAUGUUUGAGAUUUGUUCUGUGAAGUGCCUGAAUUAAAUCUUUUUGUCCUCAGAUAGUCAGGUUGUCAGGUUUGACUGACUUGUGUUGGUCAGUUAGCAUUUCAUCCAUGUUUAUUCUGCAUCAUGGUUUACUGAAACACAUGUAAUUAUUAUGAAUAUACAACAUGAAUUGAUUAUAUUGGGAGAACUGUCUAGCAGGAAAUGUAUAUAACAAUUUGUAUCAAAUAUCAAAUUGUUAAACACUCAAAUAAAAUUCUUAUUUUCAGA